AUGGAUCUUGAUAGCCAAUCAUCAGCGGAAGACUCCGACGACACAGACGAUAAUUUCAUACCACCUAAAGAAUCUACGACCCGCCUUCGAUUAUUCCCUAACAUUGAACAGGUAUACAACCCCCGGCAUACGGGCGAAUAUGACAAGCAAGAAACAGUGGAAGACGAUAUACCUAUACCGUUCCUGAACGCUUGCGGCAACGUUGCAACGAAUCCUGCCAAGGAAUUACUACGUGGCGGUCAAAGACGGACCAAGGGGAUGCGCAUGGAAACAAUAUUCGCCGGGUUCAAGGAAAGGCUCAUUGCUCAUCCGAUAUCGGACAUCGGCAGUCAACAGCAUGCGUGUCUUCAGAGACUGAUGGAGAAGUUCAACUUAUUUCAAUGCCAAGCUGAAAUAGGAAUUUAUGCGAACCAGAACACAGAAAAUCAGCAUCCACCUUUCCAGGAUGUCAGUGACCCCGAGCCCUUGACGUCCAAUCAGACAAGCCCAAAUACAUCAAAUGUCCACGUACCAACAGAAAAGACGGCAGCAGAAGAAGGAAUGGCUAUCUUUUGUGCAUACAUGCGUCUUCUUAUGCCCUUGGCCAAUGGACGUGAUACGACCGUCUCAGAUCCAACGGUGGAAAUUGUGUCAUCAAACCUGGACUUUUUACUGCCCUUCCAUCAAUGUGCACUGACUAUGCAAAAAGCGAUGGAAACCAUAUACUCCGAACCUCGGCAACUUCUCACCCAAGCAGGUUUGUUCAACGCUAUAGCGUUUUGUGCUGUAUUUUACGGUUCUGAAUACGCAAAACAAUCGCUUCAUUUCUUUGACUUGUUGAAUGAGUGGGCAGAGUACCAUGCGUCUGUCGAACAAGAAAAAGGCACCACUGAUACGGUGGAAUACAAGAGGCAAGUGAGAGAACGAAGGGAGGCCAAGGCUAGGCAAAAGAAAGACGUUGCUUCUGAAAUGUCGGAGAGACAAAAGCGUCUCCACACUGGUCCUACCGAACGGGGAUCUCAUGCUGGCUGGUGCAUAUCCGAUGCCGUCUGCAUAGGAAUGGGGCUACCUUGUAGCAAAACUGAAACUAGGAGGAGAAAGGGCACUUUUGAAACUCGGCAUUCCGUUGUACUCCAAUGCCAACGCGAUUCAAAGGCAUUUGUGGAUCUGGAUAGACACAUGUUGAAGGACCUCACAAAAGACGAACACAAGGCGAUCAAGUACAACAUUAUAACUCUGGAGCAUAGUCUCUAUUCCGGCCGGAAUCAACAGGAAUCCAACUGGAAUCAACAGAAAUUGAACACUAGGACUUCUGGUUAA